CCGAUUACUUGGUCCGCCUUGUUGUUCUCCAGCUGGCUACUGGGUGCCGCCGAGGCAAACACUUCUCACCAGACAAGGCUGCGCUACUGUCCCCUUGGUCCGGGCUGAUCAGCUGAACCAACCCUCACGCACCUCGACAUGUUAUUCACUCGUCGGCGGGAUGUAGCCUUGGGCCGCAUUCCCAAGCGUCAUAUGACAGAACGCCUCGUCGAGAGACACACAACUUGUAGCUUCUUAUUGAGCUGUUCCGCGACUAGCUCCAGAUCAGCAGCUCGAGAGGGUCGCAUACAGCAAACACCGACUAUGUCCGGCCAUGAAUGGAUCUCAAUGUGUCACCUUGGAACACUCGAGACCAUCCCGUCAUGGACUGGCCGUACCUGAGGAAACUCACCAACGAUGAGGGCUUUGACGCCACGGAGAUCGACCUCAUCUUCGUUCCUGGCUGUGGGACGCGGUCUACAGGCGAGCGACUGCCAGAAAAAUGGCAAUCCACUUUUUCCAGGCCUGGUGCCCGGGUACAGGCAUGGACGUUCGAGCACCGUCUACGUUUGGAUGCUCGUUUCUCCUGGAAAGCUCUGCUCGCACAGGGUGCGCUGCUUCUUCAAGCAAUCCGGAAGCAGAGAAAUCAGCACAGCGAGACUCGAAGGCCGCUCUUCUUUGUAGCUCAUAGCUUGGGUGGCAUUGUAGUUAAACAAGCACUGGUACUCGCCAACCAAGAGCACAACCUACAUCAAGACAUCGUGACUGCUACACUAGGGCUCAUAUUUCUCGGAACUCCGCACUCACCAUCCACGAUGCACGCCAAGUUAACCUUGAUUCUCAAGCAUCUCACUAGUGAUCUGUCAAGGCAGUCUCUUGCGGGACUUGUGGCCAGUUCACAUUCGAUAGCAGAUCUCUCGACGCGGUUUGAAGACAGUGGCAUUCGCGCUGCGGUUCUCUCGGUUUAUGAGACGACAGGAUCCAGAUGCAAAGCAGACAAAGUAUUCCACAGGCAGCGGUCUAUCACCAUAAUUGACCACGGCUCUGCGCAGCUUGGCAUCGCCCAUGAGUUUUGUCUCGGUGUACAUUUACAGCAUGGCGACUUGGUUGAUGUGCUGUGCGAGCAGAACGUUUCUAUCGAUGACUUUCACCAAUGGCUUCGCGCACCGCUUGGCAAUGCUGGCCAGAACAUGCAGGCCAGGCUUCCACCAGUGUCUGCAAAAGAUGCAAUUUUGGGCAUGUAUCUCUGCGAAUGCUGUUUGCGCGAAAUCAGCUAACAUGGCAUCCAAAGCCUUGAGCCGAGACUUCAUUGUUCCAAAUCGAGUGGCCGAGGCCGAUGACAUGGGCUCUCCUUCGACCAAGCCAGACCAGACGCGACCAACAACUCACGUCUUCACUCGAGGAUCCAAUUCCCGCGUCACGAAUAGGGCGCAGAGUUCUGUUGAUGCUGGCACAUUGCUGAAUGGCAAUAAGGUAGUACGGCCAGACUACGCCCCAGGUCAGGGGACCGACACCUUCGACAUGUCUUCAAUUUUGCAGACAUUCGAUGCUUCGGACUAUCAAGCGAGGCUGCCUUGCAUCAGCAUCAACAGUAUGGAAAGAAACGAGCACUUCUUUGGCCGCGACGAGGAACUCCGAGUGCUGGAUCGAGUUUUGUUACCGGGGAAUGCAAACUCUGACCCUGCAAGACCGAAAUAUGUUGCGCUUUGCGGUAUGCCCGGCGUGGGCA